AUGUCUGGAAAUAAGAGGCUCCAAAUUGCUAGCAUGGGAAGCUCGUUUGCCGCUGGCCCCGGCAUUCCUCCACAAAUCGAACCACGCGCUGCCAUGCGAUCAGGGCAGAAUUACGCCCAUCUCUUAGCGCAACAGCUGAACGCCGAGCUCACUGACCUUACUGUUUCUGGCGCAACCCUCCUCAAUCUGACAGUCGAUCAACAAACUGCCCCGUUCUCCAGGGAAACCUUCCCGACCCAACUCUCCAAUCUGCCCGAAGAUGCGGAUAUCAUAACCAUUACUGCCGGUGGCAACGACAUCAAUUACAUCGGUGGCAUGCUUUCUGACGCCUGGGCUGCAACUUUACCGGGAGCAAUCACCAAUACCCUCAUCGGAGGUUUAAGGACGUUGAGAUCAGCUGUUUUCUCUCAGUCACUGGUACAAACGUCGGAUCCGUUGUCUCCAAGUGAAUUGGCUGAAAGACUAGGCGAAGUCCUCGACGAAGUACAUAAACGAGCCCCCAAAGCUCGCAUUUUUCUUGUCGAAUAUCUCGCUGUCCUAGGACCUGACACACGGCCUAGUCAGGACAUUGCCUUCAAUCAAGAGAGACUAGAAUAUUAUCGUGGAGUCGCAUCUGUACUACAAAAUGCCUACUUCGUUGCAGCGGAAAGUAGAGGCGACUGGUGUGAGAGAGUACCAGUCCACGAACUAAGCCUGGGACACGCACUUGGUAGCAAAGAACCCUGGGUUGGAGGGUUUGAUCUUUCAUCAAUUAUUCGACGCGGACCCAUCCUUCACCCGAAUCUCGACGGAAUGAAGGCAGUAGCAGAUCUUCUCCUUGCAAGGGUUCAAAAGAAUGUACCAUAA